AUGGAUUCCCGCGGCGGAGGCGCCGCGUCCAAGCUGGCGGCACCGUCAGCCUUUGAUUCGUCAACAGUGGCAAACGACGUAGUCGGCAGACCGAGGUCUAGAAUGAAGCUGCAAGACACGGGCGGUUCGUCCAACGUGCUUCUGGAGCGCGUUGCGCUCGCCGAGGCAAGAUGUGAGCACGCGGCGCUCUCGGGGCAAAAGGCGGCGCGCCAGCUUGCUGCGCUGCGGGUGAGGUUUGUCCGCGUGGAGGAGGAGCGCGACGCCGUCCGAAAGCAGCUGAAUCAGGCCCGGGACGAGGUCACAAAGCUGAGGGCCGACAACCAGUCGCUCAACACAAAGCUCUCUGCCCAAGCCGCCGCCUUGUGCUCUGAAGAUGUGCCUCAACUAAGACGGGAGAAUGCACGUCUCAGGGCCGAGCUGGAGAAGCUCCAGGCGGCGCCAGCGGGGCUUGGCAGCGGCGCAGCUCGCUCUCCAGCGCGAGACAUGGACGCCAUGGGCUCACGCGCGCCGAGUACUGCCGCGGUUGCCGCACAGAGCAGUCCGAGCGUGGCAGUCGCAAUCCGGAAGGACCCGGCAACUGGACGUCACCGCAUCUCGGUUCGCCCCGUUAACGGCGGCUUCGCCAUCGCAACGGCACCAGCCAAGCCUUCUGUCGCUGCAUUCCUCAGUACGGCACGCCCUGCGGGUGACGGCGCCGCGAUCGCGACAGCCGCGCCUUCCGUCGGCAGCGCUGCUGCCUUUCUCGGCGCAACCUCGCCGCGCCGAGCAGAUCGCCCGUCGGUGGGUGGGUUUUUGGAUACGGUUGCGGCGCGCCUCAGCCGGAUGCUCGGGCCGACUUGGAGCACUUGGAGUGCAGUUGGCAACCUCACAUCCGAUGGCAGCAGCCGCGAAUUCUUUUUGUGUGCUGUCGGCCUGGGUUCCAACUUUUUCCGGGGUAUGGUAUGCUUGCGGGCACAGGACGCCGGCAUUUAG